AACCAAGACGUAACAACGGACGUGACCACCAAGGCCCUAUAUACCACGGUCAUUGAAUACUACUAUAUACCGACGUGACUGUGCUAGAGAAUCGCUGUGUUGUAACGAGUAUAGGCUGAUUUUCUGCCGGAAUUUCGAUUAAUAGGUUACCGAAGAUAGAUGUGUCUUAUGCUCGGCUUCAGUGAAGCUGCUUAGCUUGUGGUGGUCCAUACAUUUUCUGUAAUGGGCGGUCAUUUUCGGCACACCAAAUGGGACCCAUUUUUAAUUAUCAGCCAAAUUGUUUGUCUUCAAGCUCUCUACUACUUAGGUCUUGGAAUCUGGCUGAUACUGAUGAAUUUCAUCACUGGUGAUUUAUUAUCCUCAGAUACUGUGUUUAACUACCAGGUUCUCAACCUUUCGGAGGGUCAUGGCAGGAUCAUCUCUACUGCCUAUGUACUGAAUGCACUGUUCAGCGCCCUGGCUCUCUGGUGGGUGGUGCAGCGGACCAAGCUCUGCCUGGACUUCUCCUGCACCACUCUGCUCUACCACGUACUCCUCUGCUGGGCGGUCAGCGGCCGGUGGCCAGCCAGCGCCACCUGGUGGCUCGUGCAGGUCGUUUGUCUGGGCCUGGCCUGCGUGGGAGGUGAGUUCCUCUGCAUGCGAACAGAGCUGGCCGCCAUCCCCGUCGGUUUGGGAGGAGGACGAGUGGACUUGUGACACCGGAGGAGGAGGGGAGCCGCGUGAACACCGCGCUCGUCUCCCCGCGAAGGUCGUCUCUCAGAGAGUAUAGUCUCUCGGUGGGCUUUGUGUCUCCCCUGAGAGGCUGGGGACGGUUCGGUGAGACUGCCGACUCUGGCUCCCAAACCGACUGACUGGUGGGCGACUCGUCGUGUGGUCGUUCAGCCAUCCAGUUAACCGGUGAAAGACGUGCUCCGGACCGGGGCUGCGCUUCAGGUGACAUGAAUCGCGAGAAGUGUGAGUGAGACGUGAGCGCCGACUGUGACAUUUCUACUCGUAAAGCGCUGUGCUGAAUGAGCGUGGCGAUUCGCUGUGCUCGUCAUGGAUACUAUCAUUGAGGGCAUAGUGAAGAGACGAGGACCUGUGAAGGUGAAUAUCGAUACAUGCGUCUCUGAAAAUGGACACGGAGUCGCAGAACUUGUCUCAGGAUCCGUACGUCCUCUGAGCAGACUGUGCUUCGUCUGGAGUUCUUGUCGGGAGACUGUCUAAGACGGAGUUCGGAGUCGCCUGUCACCCCCAGGGUACGUGGUCAUCGUCUCACAGUCUCUCGGGGACCGGAGACUGAACUGUCUCCUUGGGAGCUCGUGUCUUUUCGGUGUUCCGCAGGGGCGCAUAUUGUCAUAAUAUGUCACUGUUCUGUUGUCAACGGCAUCAUUAGUUGCAUGCUCCUGCUAAGUGGUAUUUCAUUGAAAACUCCGGAGCUUUAAAUGAUUGCUUGCUUCUCUUAGCUAUGGAGUCAGGUGUGUUCCAGAGUCGAAUAAGGUAUCAGAUCUGAGUAUACCUACCUUAAUAUGACACAUAUUGACGGGAUAAUUUAUAUUUGUAAUGUAAUCAAUCAGUUAUUGCUUAUUUGAUUACUGUUUCAGAAUGUACACAGUGUCAGUCAUAUUUUUAAUAAAAUACAUUUCGUGAAGAAAA